UGUAUGCACAAAGAAGUCUAUUGAUUCCAUUUUAAUGACAUUACUGUAUGUGCAAUGGGAUUAAAGGGGACACAGGCUGCACAUUGACUGCUGAAAUGCACAAAUUCAUACCUUAGUGGUUUGAGUUUGCAUCUGGAGGGGAACGAAGCACUGAAAAGCAACAAUACUUUCUCUUUUUCAAAGCAAAAAUCUUGGACUAUCUCCCUCUUGAUUUUCUUUUUUUCCCCCUCUGCUAGACGCCAUAUGCACGCCUUCACUAGACGACCCACUUUUGACUGGACAGACUCCUGUGCUGCCUCUAUCUGUAGUCUGUGUAUAUCUCCGGGUAUAAAAGUCUGAACUUCAUCUCCUAACAAAGUCUUUCACAUUUGAUUUCAUUAAUAAUCGUGCAGCACACUCGAGUGAACAUGUAGAGAUGGAUUUUAUGAAGCUGUUUGGCACUGUUAUCGCCGUUUUGUUCCACCCUGGAUCCGCUUCUAAAAUAAGUGGCCAAAGGAUCUGCCGGCGUGGGACAGAGCGGCCAUGCUACAAGGUGUCCUACAUCCAGGACAGCAGGCGGAGGCUGACCUUUGAGGAUGCCAGGCAGGCCUGCAGGUUGGAUGGAGGCGAGCUGCUCAGCAUUGAAACAGAAAGUGAGCAGCGACUGAUAGAGAGGUUCAUACAACAGCUGCAGGCUGGAGAUGGAGACUUCUGGAUCGGGCUCCGCCGAAGUCCGCAGCGCUACAGGGCAGGGACCACAAGCCCAGGAUGUCCCUCGCAGUACUAUUGGCUGGAUGGAAGCAAGGCCAAGUUUAGGAACUGGCAUUGGGAUGAACCUUCGUGCGGUGGUGAAAUGUGUGUGGUUCUGUACCACCAGCCAUCUGCACCGCCUGACGAAGAAGGUCAUUUCCUGUUUAAAUGGAAUGACAACAACUGCAACUCCAAGAACAACUUUGUCUGCAAAUACCCAGAAGAAAAAGGACCAGUAUUUACUAAUGAAGGGAACACGGCACAUGCAGUUCCAUCUCUGAGGCCAAACUUAUUCUCAACUACAGAAAGUGAUGAGAGGGUAAAAAUAGCACUUCCUGAGUCAUCUGUAUCCCUCUCAGACAACACCCUGUAUGUGUCCUACAUCCUUUAUGCAACUAUUCCUGCUCUCCUGCUGCUGCUGUUUGUAGCUGCUGGGUUCUUUUGCUACAAACAGCAUGCUAAGAGGAGGAAGACAGAAACAGAAAGCUAUCCCAGCAGAUCAAAACCAUGGACGCCAACGACAGCUUCACUUUGCCCAGUACAAGGACCUUAUGCCUUUAGUGACAUUACCAAACUGCCUCACACUGCUCUGGACAGCAGCAUGCCAGCAGACAUCAUGACGAAGUACUCCUGCGCUCCCUCCCAGUUUGACGAUUAUGAGAAUGUGUCAUGCACAGACAGAGAGAGCGGUUUUGUGACCAAUGACAUCUAUGAGACCUGCAGAGCUCAAAGCCGGCGCUGCCGCAGUCAGACUGGUUGGGUAGAAAACGAGAUCUAUGGAUAACACUGUUGAUGCAUAUCUGGUCUCUGCAAGUGUCCAUCAGCCUCGUAGCAGCUAAAGAAUAUGACCCAACUAGACUGAGGAACACAAUGUUCUCCACCCCUUUCUUCCUUUGCACCCUACUAUUUACUUGUGGCACAGGAUUACAAAACAGGUGGCUGUGUCGGCCUGCUUAUCUGAAUAGAUCUAUGUCCUGUGUGUACCUCUUGCUUCUUGCUUCUUCCUGAGCAUCCAGCCUUCAGAGUAGGAAGUCAGAUUAAUGCUUAAUGCAGGAGUUUUGUCAACUGCAACUCCAUAUUUAGUUCCCAAACUUACCAAAACCCCACGUAUAGACUUCUCAGAUUGAUUUUGAAUCUGACCUUGGCUAUGGAUUCAAGAGAAAUAGAUGGGUUAUGUGAAAAAAAUAAUAUAUUUCAAAUCUUUUUAAUACAUUUUAUUAUUAAAGAAGACACAGUCAUGCUAGCAGCUUUGUGAGGCUGUAUGUAGGCACAGUGAUUCUUUGAGCUGAAGAUGUCAACAUGCUCACAAAGGCUGAUGACAACCGGAUGAUAUUUAACUGGUAUGAUGUUUACCAUGUUCAUUAACCUAGUUUGUUCCAGUCCAUCCCAUAGUUGUUGUGACACUCUCAGUGGUGCCAUGUCACUGAUCGUCUAGGCACCGUGAAUGUCUGUCUAAAGUGUCAUACCAAUCUAUGUGUAAUUCUUGAGAUAUGUCACAGGAUAAGUUUGUCCUGCUGGAUGCAACAGAGGAAAAUAAUAGUUGUUGAGAUAUUUCAUUCUGGACCAAACUGUUGGGAACCCCCCAAAAAAUAAUAUAUUUCAAGUUUAUUUAAUAUAUUUUAUUAUUAAAAUCCAUCAAACAAAUAUCAGUCAGAGUCAGAAAUCUUAUGUUGGCAGUAAAUAAAAUACAUUUUUAUUCCAUUUGA